UUAUUGUAGACAGCUCGGUGUAUUUAGGGAGAAGCUCCUUGUUUUUACACGACGGUGGAUGUUAGCUUAGUUAGCUAGCGUGUUAUUUGACUCAUCGUUUGAUGUCUCUUCGGUUAGCUAGCUAAGUGUUUAGCUAGCUAACGCACCUACCUAAGGUGAUGUGCCAUGUGAAUGACUGAGAACCACCAUGAAGCCCUCACACAAGCUGCUGUUCGUCCUGUGCCCCAUGCUGGUCCUGGGCUUCAUCUACUACUCCUCUGGGAAGCUACACCUGCACGUAUGGGGCCAGAAGCCACAGAUUGAUUCGGAACCCACUAUCAUAUUCCAGUCUAAAGGUCAAAGCACCACAGAGUUGGAAGCGGAAAUUGCUCUCACCGUGGGACGAAUAGUAGGCUCAGUGUAUGAUAAGCAGGGCUUUCUGCUGAAGCUGGAUGGACAGUUGCCAGCGGAGUUGGCGUACAAGUAUGGCAACCUCAGCGAAGGAGUUUGCAAGCCGGGCUACGCAGCGGCCAAGAUGACCGCCAUCUAUCCAAAGUUCAUGAAGCCAGCUCCCAUGUUUCUCGACCGGAACUUCAAGCGGCUGGCCAAAGUUCGCAAUUACUUGCCUCCAUUUGGAUUCAAAACACAAGAAAGAAUCAUAGACAGUAUUCUAACUGCAACAAAGAACUAUGGCUUGGGUGAAGUCCUUGACAGUCUUGGUUGUAAAAGAUGCAUUAUUGUGGGCAAUGGUGGUAUCCUGGCCAACAAGUCUUUGGGCUCGCGCAUAGAUGAUUACGACAUUGUGGUGAGGUUGAACGAGGCUCCUGUGACUGGUUUCGGCAAGGACGUGGGCACCAAGACCACCAUGCGCAUCACCUACCCUGAGGGGGCCAUUCAGAAGCCUGAGCGCUACGAAAAGGACUCGCUAUUCGUCUUCUCCGCCUUCAAACCGCUGGACUUCAAGUGGCUCAGACAAAUGGUCUUCAAAGAGAAACUGCGGGGUACAGAGGGCUUCUGGAAGUCUGUGGCACACUACGUCCCCAGGGAGCCCACAGAGAUGCGCAUCCUCAACCCCUACUUCAUCCAGGAGGCUGCCUUCCAGUUCAUCGGCCUGCCGCUCAAUAACGGCCUCAUGGGCAAAGGGAACAUUCCAACCCUGGGGACCGUCGCCAUAACAAUGGCGCUGCAUAACUGUGAUGAGGUGGUGGUGGCUGGCUUCGGUUAUGACAUGAACAUGCCUCACGCACCCUUGCACUACUACGAAACAGUCAAGAUGUCCGCCAUCAAAGAGUCCUGGACACACAACAUAUCCAAGGAGAAGGAGUUCCUCCGCAAGCUGGUGAAGGCCAACAUCAUCACGGACCUGACUAACGGGAUCUGAGUCUGACCAUCCAAGAGGUUUGCCUUUUCCCAAAAGAACUACAGAACAGAGGAUGCUGGGAAUAAACCUGGGUGGUGGGAGGGGGGGGAGAGAGGACCCUUAGAACCCAGACCCUGGUGGUCUGCACACUGUCCGAGUUUUUAUGUAGAGGAUAUUUAAGCGGAUGACUCGAAGGCACAUGUGCCUUCUGACCCAGAGGCUCCUGUCUGACACAGCCAGGAGGGACGGGCAUGGAUCGAACGCCAGUAAUCGGACAACCGCGUUUACCGUUUUGAAACCAGCGAGCAUCGAAUGAAACAUGAGUGGUAUGGAAGAGGAGGACGGAAGUUCUGACAGACAGAUGUAGAAACUGACAGACUGCAGGAGAGAGACAGGGACAGACAGUUACAGCAGUGCCAAAUGUACCUCGUUACAAUGGGGGGAGGAGAAUACCUCUCCCUCUACUGCCUGAAUGUAUUUUCUUUAACAGUGUAAAUGUCAAAGAUUUUUACUAUGCUUUUUAACAAGCUCCAGCGACCUCCACCCCAUCCCCAGUUCUCUCAGUACUGUCUUUCCCAGCGAGCCUCCUUCCAGGCCUGGGGGGGAGCAACCUUUUUCAAACCUCCAUCUCCCCCUUCUCACUUCCAUAUCGGCAGGCGUUUUUGAGAAGUAAAAACCUGGAUUAUUUUAUCUUGGUUGAAUUUAUUUAAGGCUGAUAGAGCACUAACUUUCUUUUCCGUCUAACAGUUCGCCAUAACUUGCUUCCUCAAUGACUCACUGUGGUGUCAUAAUUUGUUGAGUAGAUGUCCCUCAAAUCCUAGUAUUUCUAUUAUGGCUCUUCAGAAAGUGUUGUGAAUACCAUUUUAUGUGAGCGGUGGGGCAGCAGCCUAGGCCUCGGUUACCAGCCACGCAGCGAGAGUGGCGAUGGGAACUCUCCAUUAUUUGUGUGGUGCUGAGAAACAUUCCUAAUUUGUCCACGUGCAGAGCUUUUGUUCCCUUCCGCCAUGAAACUAUAUGUUGCCAAGUUUAUUUUCCCUGACUCGUAGCACAAUCGAAAAUUGUUAACUUAACCUUUAUUUUUAUUUCUCCUGUUAUGAUGGUUGAAUAUACACCAUCAUGGAAACAGUGAAAUGCCCGUUUUAGAGACAACGACCUGGUAGAUGGAUACACAUUUAAAGGGCAAGCAGGUGUUUGUUUACGAUAAUUCUGUUUAUUAUCAGUUAAUUAUUACCUUGCACAGGCUAUAUAUAAAGUUUCAAUCUGUGGCUGGUAAAAGUUUGAGUAGCCAAUUUUUGUAGCCUUAUAGCCUAUUCGAUUCUGGGAAUUGUUUGUUUCAAAUGAAACAAUAUUGAAUGUAAAGGUAUUGUUUUAUGUCGGCUGUAGGCUUUCAUUAGUUAAGAAGGCUAAUUGGAAGGCUCUUUUUAAAAGCGAUUUGAGUUAAUGUGCUGCAUUGUGAAUUAUAAGAGGUUUAUCAUUCUUAGUUCAUGGCAUUCUUUUAUCCAAAUCUUGAAUAGACAUGCAGACAAAUUAAUACAGGGACGGGGAACACCUAUUACCCUCCUACUCUGGAGUCAUAAAAACAAUUUAAAUAUAUACUUUUUUUGGCAGGUCACGGAUCGGCUCUCUGAACAAUUCUAUGUGGUUGGUUCGGGUUGUAAAAGAAAAAUCUGUCCUGAUGUCAAAUAUCGGUUGAUGUGCCUGACCCUGGCAAGAUUGCAGUAAAUUAUCCACAGGAGUUGUGUUAUAAUAUCCUUUUGACUUGCAAUACUGGUAUUACAAUAGUGAAAGCUUACUGGUCCCAAGUUUCUCAGCAAAAAAAAAAAUUGGCCAUUUAUUUGUUGUUGUUAGUUACAGUUAAGUAUUUAAGUGUUGCUCCGUGCACUGCAGUGGUUCAGUAUUGACCAGAAAAGACCACGCUAUGGUUGUAUUUUCUGCCUCCCUCGCCGCUUCCCUCAACAUCUUCAACAAAACUUAAGAAUGUCAUUUUUAAGAUUUGAAUAUUUAAAAAUGUACCGAAUGUAAUAAUCAGCUUUAUAUGGUGAAUUUUAUUCUGACAUACGUUUUUUGUUUGUACCUGUUUUGGGGUGACAUUUGGGUUUUUUGAAAGUCAGUCAUUUUCUAUGAGACUUUUUAAAUUAAUAAGAUUUUUUUCUGUGCUUCCUGGACUGGACAGGAAUUUAAACAGAAUUGACCCCAACCCUGUUUUUCCAGCCUGGUCACUAAGCAGAAUAUAGCUAUUAAAACGGGAGACAACAAGGACAUCAUACAGGAAACCUCACCAUAUCACUCAUUGGGAGAGGUCUAUAUCAGUUAUCACCUUGCCCUGUGCAAUCAAUCACUGGCAAGGUCAUUACACUUCAAAUCACAAGUGUUGCUGUUUCUUUUGAUAUUAUAUGCAGUGGGGAGAACAAGUAUUUGAUACUCUGCCGAUUUUGCAGGUUUUCCUACUUACAAAGCAUGUAGAGGUCUGUCAUUUUUUUAUCAUAGGUACACUUCAACUGUGAGAGACGGAAUCUAAAACAAAAAUCCAGAAAAUCACAUUAUAUGAUUUUUAAGUAAAUAAUUAGCAUUUUAUUGCAUGACAUAAGUAUUUCAUCACCUACCAACCAGUAAGAAUUCCGGCUCUCACAGACCUGUUAGUUUUUCUUUAAGAAGCCCUCCUGUUCUCCACUCAUUACCUGUAUUAACUUCACCUGUUUGAACUCGUUACCUGUAUAAAAAGACACCUGUUGUUAAGGUUUUCUUCUGUUGAAGGAGAGGCGGACCAAAACGCAGCGUGGUUAUUUUGAUACAUCUUUAAUAAAGAUGACAAUAGAACAAUAUACAAAAACAAGAAACGUGAAAACCCGAAAACAGCCCUAUCUGGUGUAACAAACACAAAGACAGGAACAAUCACCCACAAAACCCAACACCAAACAGGCUACCUAAAUAUGGUUCCCAAUCAGAGACAAUGACUAACACCUCUGAUUGAGAACCAUAUCAGGCCAAACACAGAAACAGACAAACUAGACACACAACAUAGAAUGCCCACUCAGAUCACACCCUGAUCAAACAAAACAUAAAAACAUACAAAGCAAACUAUGGUCAGGGUGUGACACAUGUCCACAUAUUCAAACAAACAGACUCCAACCUCUCCACAAUGGCCAAGACCAGAGAGCUGUGUAAGGACAUCAGGGAUAUAAUUGUAGAUCUGCACAAGGCUGGGAUGGGCUACAGGACAAUAGGCAAGCAGCUUGGUGAGAAGGCAACAACUGUUGGCGCAAUUAUUAGAAAAUGGAAGAAGUUCAAGAUGACAGUCAAUCACCCUCGGUCUGGGGCUCGGUCUGACAAUCACCCUCGGUCUGACAACGACCCGAAACACACAACCAGGGCAACUAAGGAGUAGCUCCGUAAGUAGCAUCUCAAGGUCCUGGAGUGGCCUAGCCAGUCUCCAGACCUGAACCCAAUAGAAAAUCUUUGGAGGGAGCUGAAAGUCCGUAUUGCCCAGCGACAGCACCGAAACCUGAAGGAUCUGGAGAAGGUCUGUAUGGAGGAGUGGGCAAAAAUCCCUGCUGCAGUGUGUGCAAACCUGGUCAAAAACUACAGGAAACGUAUGAUCUCUGUAAUUGCAAACAAAGGUUUCUGUACCAAAUAUUAAGUUCUGCUUUUCUGAUGUAUCAAAUACUUAUUUCAUGCAAUAAAAUGUAAAUUAAUUACUUAAAAAAUCGUACAAUGUAAUUUUCUGGAUUUUUGUUUUAGAUUCCGCCUCUCACAGUUGAAGUGUACCUAUGAUGAAAAUGACAGACCUCUACAUGCUUUGUAAGUAGGAAAACCUGCAAAAUCGGCAGUGUUUCAAAUACUUGUUCUCCCCACUGUAUAUAUACAGUGCCUUCAGAAAGUAUUCAUGCCCCUUGACUCAUGCCACAUUCUGUUACAGCCUGAAUUCAAAAUUGAUUUUCUCACCCAUCUACACACAAUACCCCAUAAUGACAUUUUUUUAUUUUUUUAUGUAUCACAUUUAUUUCAAAUAAAAUGCAUAAAUAUCUCAUUUACAUAAGUAUUCACAACCCUGAGUCAAUACUUUGUAAUCGCCGCCAAAGUUGCUUCUACAUCUGUCUUUUUUUGGUUAAGUUUCUAAGAGCUUUGCACACUUGGAUUUUACAAUAUUUGCCCAUUAUUCUUUGUCUAAUUCUUCAAUCUCUGUCAAGUGUAUAGUUGAUCAUCUCUAGACAACUAUUUUACAGUCUUGCCAUAGAUUUUCAAGACGAUUUGAGUCAAAACUGUAACUAAGGCCACAGAAGCAUUCAAAUAUAUCUUGUUAAGAUAUAGUAUAGAUUUGGCCUUGUGUUUGAGGUAUUGUCCUGCUAAAAGGUGAAUUUGUCUGCCAAGUUUUCCUCUAGAAUUUUCCCUUUGCUUUUAGAUGUAUUUCUCUUACUUUUAUCACCCCAAAACUCCCUAGUCCUUGCCAAUGACAAGCAUACCCAUAACGUGAGGCAGCCACCACCAUGCUUGAAAAUAUGAAGUGGUAAUUGGAUUUGCCCCUAAUGUAAUGCUUUGUAUUUAGGACAAAAAGUUAAUUUCUUUGCUACAUUUUUUGCAGUAUUAUUGCAAACAGGGUGCAUGUUUUGGAAUAUUUUUAUUCUGUCCAGGCUUCCUUCUAUCCAUUCUGUCAGUUAGGUUAGUAUUGCGGAGUAACUGACUGGGUGUAUUGAUGCACCAUCCAGAGCCUAAUUAAUAACUUCACCCCAUGCUCAAAGGGAUAUUCGGUGUCUUCUUUAAAACAUAUAUAUAUAUAUAUAUAUACACACACAUCUACCAAUCACUGCCCUUUGCGAGGCAUUGAAAACAUCCCUUGAAUCUGCUUAUAAUUCACUCCUCGAUUGAGGGCCCUUACAAUUAUCUGUAUGUGUGGGGAAGAGAGAUUGGGCAGUUACUCCAUAAUCAUGUCAACCACUAUUAUUGAACAUGGAAUGAGUCCGUGCAACUUAUUAUGCCAUUUGUUAAGCACAUUUGUAUUCCUUAACUUAUUUAGGCUUGCCAAAACAAAAGGGUUAAAUAUUUAUUGAUUCAAGACAUUUCGGGUUUUAAUUUUGCAAUAAUUUCUAAUAUUUUCUACAAACAAAAUUCCACGUUGACAUUAAUGGGGUAUGGAGUACCACAGUAUGUGUUAAAAUACCAAUAAAACCUAGUGGUCAAACAGGGAAAUGGUUCCAAUCGUUUCUCCACCAUUCAUCUUUCCCACAGGGGAUUUUGGAAACAGUCCAAAUAAAGGGCCUGUGUUUCGUGUAGGCUUACCCUGGCGUGACAUUUUAUUAACCAUGUAAAUCUCUCUCGGACAAAGUGACUUUUAUAAAUUAUAUAUUUACCCCUCAAAAUGAAAUAAUUUGCUGCUAAUGUGGCUAUCAUAAAGGACUACAAAUGCCAUGAUGAUCUGGAUUGAAACUGCAAAAUCGAGGCAAAGGUAAAAAUCUCUGGAUUAACCAUCUAAUGCUAGCUAGGUAUAGUAAUGAAUAAAUAGGCUACAUUUCUCUAAAUGGACAAUAAAUUGACACAAAUACCUGUCAGCAAAAGUAUCAGUUAUAGAUGACGCUCGGGAGUUUUGCGUGAUGUCUACGUUUAUGCUAAUUAUCAUUUUUGAAUCUGAGAGUAAGUAGAGCCGGAUGUAUUGAUGAAAGUCACCUCGUCCGAGAGAUUUACAUGGUUAUCAAAACGUUAUGCCAGGGUAAGCUUACUCACGAAACAAAGCUCUUAUUUUAAGUGUUUCAAAAGUGAAUGGUGGAAACAUUAUCGGAACCUGUUUUGACAGCUGUUUUAUGGGUAUUAUGACACCUCCACUGUGGUGCCCUAUUGUGUGUAGAUCAGUGACACAACCUCAAUUGAAUCAAUUUUAAAUUCAGGAUGUAACAAUAUUUGGUAAGAGUGAAGCAUUGUGGAUACUUUCUGAAGGCAUUGUAUAAACAUCUCUGUGUGUGUGUGUGUAUAUAUAGACUUUGUCCUAUCUGCGACUUGUUAAUAAAUACAUUGACCCUUUGGUCGCUUGGUAAGGUGA